GGGCGGUGGGAAUGGAARCGYCAAAUAUGGCUCUGAUUCCCCUCAAAACUUCCUUCGCAUAGGUGCUGGGCUCUUCCUGAGGCAUGUGCCCGCUGGAAUUUGGGUGCGCGACUUUGUUUGGCAAACUGCUGGAGCUGUGUUUAUCUGCUCAGGGCAGCUGGCCCGGUGCCAACAGGCGGAUUGCUAGAUAGCGGAAUAAAGCAUAUAUAUAUAUGUUUAUUGCCACAAAAUGGGGGCUCAACCGGAUUACAGCGCUUCAGGCAGGUCAAGUCUGCUCAAUAUUUUAACGAGGGCAGCUGUGUUUACAGCACUGGCAGAUGACACCAAACUGGCCAAAACCAUUGGCAGGUGGAAGAAGGAAUUGAAAAUCAUGUUACAUCGAUCCAUACUAAGAUCAAGGAGGCACUUGGCUUCUUGUGGUGUUCUGAUGACCAGAACUGCUCCUUUGCAAGUACCUGUAAUGAGCCAUACUUUUUCAAGAAAUUUCUUCAAUGUUGUUGCACCACUAAUAAAUAAAAGAAAAGAAUACUCUGAAAGAAGAAUUAUAGGGUACUCCAUGCAGGAAAUGUAUGAAGUUGUUGCUGUUGUGGAGAAUUACAAACUGUUUGUUCCUUGGUGUAAAAAGUCAGAUAUACUCUCGAAGCGCUCUGGCUACUGCAAAGCACAGCUGGAAAUAGGAUUCCCUCCUUUAGAAGAGAGAUACACAUCAAUUGUAACCCUAGUGAGACCACAUUUAGUUAAGGUAACUGCAUUUUUUCCCUCCUAACUAUAAAUUUCCUUAACUUUUGUGUGUUGAAAUUUGAAUAUUCCAGGAACAUUUUGCUUCCAAACGAAAUUGAUGCUGGAA